AUGCUUCGACGUUACCUGAAGAGAGGGACAGUGCGACGCAUACAAUGCGCUAGGUAUUCGCAGAAAGCCUCGGAUAAGUUGUUUGAAGAUGCGGUGCGUGAGGAAGCGCAAGAGUCCUCAGUGAAAACGCCACUUGUCCUUCAAGACCCCAAUGAUCCCGUUUGGACGGGGGACGAGCGGCUAGAGCACACUGUGUUGCGCAUGUUAAUGGACAAGUAUAAACCAUUGCGUAGGCAGGAGGAUGGAAGAACGGCAGAAAAAAAUCGCCUCGCUCGGGCACAGAAGCCCACGGAUCUCCCAACUACUACAUCCUUGGAAGAACAUUCACGGCACACGAUACUCAAGCCGCACACACCACAAGGCCAACCAUGGAAUGCGGUGUAUGUUCGCCCAUCACAUGCUACAUCCAAUGAACCACAAGUAUAUCGGGGCAAGUAUCUUUCGCCUGAGUCGCACAAGUCUGACAUGGCAAAGCAAUUAGCCAAGAGAGGCAUCACCUCAUCACAACUGGCGUUGGAUGAUCGGAAGGCUAUGGGCGAACUGCGCGACUCACUGCGUCGGUCUCUGCAUCGCGAUAGGAUAGAAAAGGCGAUGGAUAUUCGCCUACUCAGAUACGAUAAAACGCGUCUUGCUGACGCAAAAGAAAAACCGCAAGAUGAAGAAGUUAAGCUGCCCUCAUCAUCACAACAGCCUUUCUUGGCUAUGGUAGGCGCCACGAAAGGGCUAGCAGGGAUUGCUGAGCAAAAAAUCGUAGAGGCUUUAAAAAGUGGGCAACUGCAAGCGAAUUCAUUGCGCGGCAGACCAAUUCCACGCGAUUACAAUGAAACCAAUCCGUAUCUUCAGCGUGAAGAAUUUGUAUUGAACCGCAUGAUCCAACGGCAAGGAGCGAUGCCACCUUGGGUCCAGCUGAACAAUGACAUGCAAAGGGACAUACUCUUUCUACGGCAGCGUGUGCAACAUGCAUGGAUCUGUCGAGCAUUGAAAAACCUUGAUGAGACGAAUGCUUGGCUGGACUUGGCUCCCGUCGGUGUGCAAUGGCAUGCUAAAUCCAAUGACGCCGACAAUGACCUGCCGUCAUUCCGGAUUGAGCCGCGUAAUGAAGCUGAGCAGCGGACACUCGAGUGGGUGCGAGCUUUCCGGGAUGCCGCGUGGAUCCCGGCAAGAGUCAACAUACCAUGA